GGCGGGCAGUGUCUCCCCCUUCCGAGCGCUGAGUGGUUGAGACCGAAAAGCAACGCCUCUCGUCAUUGGCCUAGUCGGGCUGUCCGUCCUGUGCGUCUCGCGGCGCGGCGCAGCCCCGGCGCGGCCUGUGGAGCAGUCUCGAAGCCUGCUGCGGGGAGAAGAUGGCGGUCGCCGUGAGAACUUUGCAGGAGCAGCUAGAAAAGGCCAAAGAGAGCCUCAAGAACGUAGAUGAGAAUAUCCGCAAGCUCACCGGGCGCGAUCCCAAUGACGUGAGGCCCAUCCAAGCCAGAUUGCUGGCCCUUUCUGGUCCUGGUGGAGGUAGAGGUCGUGGUAGUUUAUUGCUGAGGCGUGGAUUCUCAGAUAGUGGAGGAGGACCCCCAGCCAAACAGAGAGACCUUGAAGGGGCAAUCAGUAGGCUGGGCGGGGAGCGUCGGACAAGAAGAGAAUCACGCCAAGAGAGCGACCCAGAGGAUGAUGAUGUUAAAAAGCCAGCGUUGCAGUCUUCAGUUGUAGCUACCUCCAAAGAGCGUACACGGAGAGACCUUAUCCAGGAUCAGAAUAUGGAUGAAAAGGGAAAGCAAAGGAACCGACGAAUAUUUGGCUUGUUGAUGGGCACGCUUCAGAAAUUUAAGCAAGAAUCCACUGUUGCCACUGAAAGGCAAAAGAGGCGCCAGGAAAUUGAACAGAAACUUGAGGUUCAGGCUGAAGAAGAGAGAAAGCAGGUUGAAAAUGAGAGGCGAGAGCUGUUUGAAGAGAGGCGUGCUAAGCAAACGGAGCUGAGGCUUUUGGAACAGAAGGUUGAGCUUGCGCAGCUGCAAGAAGAGUGGAAUGAGCAUAAUGCCAAGAUAAUUAAAUAUAUAAGAACUAAGACAAAGCCCCACUUGUUCUAUAUUCCUGGAAGAAUGUGUCCUGCCACCCAAAAACUAAUAGAAGAGUCGCAGAGAAAGAUGAAUGCUUUGUUUGAAGGUAGACGCAUCGAAUUUGCAGAACAGAUAAAUAAAAUGGAGGCUAGGCCUAGAAGACAAUCAAUGAAGGACAAAGAGCAUCAGGUGGUGCGUAAUGAAGAACGGAAGGCGGAACAGGAAGAGGGUAAGGUGGCUCAGCGAGAGGAAGAGUUGGAGGAGACAGGUAAUCAGCACAAUGAUGUAGAAGGAGAGGAAGCAGGAGAGGAAGAAGAAAAGGAAGUAGGUACAGUUCAUAGUGACGUGGAGAAAGAACAGGAAGAGGAGGAACAGAAACAGGAAGUGGAGGUUAAGAUGGAGGAAGAAACUGAGGUCAGGGAAAGUGAGAAGCAGCAGGAUAGUCAGCCUGAAGAAGUUAUGGACGUGCUAGAGAUGGUUGAGAACGUAAAAAGUGUAACUGCUGAGCAGGAAGUAAUGGAAACCAAUCAAGUUGAAAGUACAGAACCUUCAGAAAAUGAAACUAGUAAAGAAUUGGAACCAGAAAUGGAAUUUGAGGUUGAGCCAGAUAAAGAAUGUAAAUCUCUUUCUCCUGAGAAAGAGAAUGUUAGUACUCUAGAAAUAGAAAAGGAGUCGGAGGAAAAAGAAGAGAAAGAACUUGAACCCCAGCCUGAGCCUGUGGACCAGAGCCAAGUCCAGUGCCAGCCCCAGCUCCAGUCCCAGCCUCAACCUCCACUCCAGUCACAGGCUCCACCCCAGCCGCAGCCCCAGCCCCAGUCUGUACCCCAGCCACUGCCUGAGACUAUGCCGGUAGCUGUUUCACAGCCACCACCUCAGGUUAUUCAGGAGCAAGGGCAUCUACCUCCUGAAAGAAAGGAGUUUGCUGUGGAGUCUGUAAAGCUCCCUGAUGUGCCAAUAGAGCCCGUCUUAACAGCACAUGCAGAGAGCAAAACCAAAACUAGGAGCAGAAGUAGAGGUCGAGCUAGAAAUAAAACAAGCAAGAGUAGGAGUCGUAGCAGCAGCAGCAGCAGUUCUAGUAGUAGUUCAAGCAGUAGCAGCAGCGGAAGCAGUUCCAGCAGUGGCAGUAGUAGUAGUCGGAGCAGUUCCAGUAGCAGUUCCAGUACGAGUGGCAGCAGCAGCAGAGACAGUAGUAGCAGCACUAGUAGUAGCAGUGAAAGUAGAAGUCGAAGUAGGGGCCGGGGACAUAACAGAGAUAGAAAACAUAGACGGAGUGUGGAUCGGAAGCGAAGGGACACAUCAGGUCUAGAAAGAAGUCACAAGUCUUCAAAAGGUGGUAGUAGCAGGGAUACAAAAGGAUCAAAGGAUAAGAAUUCCCGGUCCGACAGAAAGAGGUCCAUAUCAGAGAGUAGUCGAUCAGGAAAAAGAUCUUCAAGAAGUGAAAGAGACCGAAAAUCAGACAGGAAAGACAAAAGGCGUUAAUGGAAGAAGCCAGGCUUGCUUAGCCUAUUUGCAGCAGAAGAUUUCUUGAUGAGUAAAAAGGAUUCCCUUUCCUUGUAAGGAGGAUGCUGCCUUAAGAAUUGCAUGUUGUAAAAAGUCUUUUUGGAAAAUACAGACUGUUUGUUUACCAGACAUUCUUGUACUUUUUGCAUAAUUUUGUAAGAAUUAUUUAUCAAAAUUAUGUGAGGUUCCAAAAUAUGUAAAAAUAAUAAUAAAAAAUGAUUAACAUCCCUUGUCAUCUUUUUUAAAUAUCCUAUACUAUUCAAUAAGAAUGUGUAUAUUUUAAUGGGUAAAUUUAAGUCUGUUUCCUUCUGAUGCUGUAUCAUACAUUGCUUUUGUAGAAAUAAAUGUGCUUCAUUAUUUUGGGAUGUCCUUGUUGACGCUUGUAUAAUAAAUAUCCUCUUGAUAUCAUUUUCAGCUUUUACCACUAGUUACGUGAGAAUGUUUUUGAAGGUUUUCUCUUUUAUUUGCCGUAGACACUGAAUUAUCAGUUCUUUGCAGCUUUGAAGAGGAACAGCUUUCUUUAAAAUCUUGGCUAUUUUCUAAUCACCUUUGUUUUAAUCUAAGCUUCAUCCAUGUUUCAUAUUUAAGCCAUAAUUGGUAGAUAACUUAAACAGUAUAAUUUGAUUAGCAUUUUCUUCCUGUCAGUGGGAGCAUCAUUCUCUUCAUGGUUACUUGUGUGAUUAAGCAUAAAUACAUUUGAUAAAGAAGGAAAUCACUUCAAGGGGAGGGAGGUAGAAACAUCACAGCUUGAUUUUUUGAGUUUGUGGUCUUGUGUUGGCUCUAACUGAAACAUGCCAAUGUGUUUUCAAGAAUUUCAAGUAUUGUAUGAAGGAAAUUCAUUUAGACUUGAAUAUGUAAGUCAUAACACAGGUGUACCAAGUGAUUAUUAACUUGUUUUAUAAAUUUGUAUAAACUUGGAGUAUGUUACCCAUUACUAUACAUGUGCAAAUAAAUGUGGCUUAGACUUGUGUGCUUGCCCAAGA